UGAAUGAUCGACGGCCACGAUGGACUCCUAUCAGUGACAACUGACAGCUGCUGUUGCUCAACACUCCACUCGAGACUGCCACGAAUAACGUCCAUAGACGAGAAAACGAGUGGGACUCGCCUCGAGGUCCCAUAUGAUCCAUCAUCCCCGGACUUCUUUGCGGUCCACCGUUUCCCAUCGGAGCAUGUCCAUCUGCUAAUUCUCCGAGUGGGUUCCGCUCCCCCUCGCCAGCUGUGGUCGACAAUGGAACUAUGGGUCCAAUGUGGAGAGCUCGGGGUAUUUAUACAACGAGGGGCUCAUAGACUUCAACUUGACCCUCCCGCCUCAGCCGCUCCAUCUCUCGACAAUAUCUACGAAGAUACAGUGACUUUGGAUUACUCCCCGUCAUGUCUCUUGCUCAGAGCAACUACGUGAUCCAGCUCCCUAAAACACCCUCUUCUAUCGGUCCGCUAGAUCCUCGAGCUAUUGCCCAGCGAUGGAUCACCGACCUGGAGGUUCUUCUCGCCACGGGGAAUUAUUCCCAGCUAGGAAGAGUCUUUCAUGAGGAAUCCUGGUGGAGGGACAUGCUCGCGUUGGUCUGGGACUUUCGUACCAUCCAGGGAUGCGCGAAGAUCCAAGACUUCCUGGCUGCCAACCAACCUCGCGCGGGUCUUUCUGCUCUGCGUUUGCAGCAUGAGGGCAAAUUCCAGCCCAGGAUGGAAAGCCCCGUGGAGGGGCUGAACUGGAUAAACUCCAUCAUCUUCUUCGAGACUAGUGUGGGGCGUGGCUCCGGGGUCAUUCAUCUGACGCAGAACGACGCUGGAGAGUGGAAGGCAUAUGCGAUGUAUACAACGUUGCAAGACUUGAAAGAAUUCGAGGAGCCAUUGGGCAUCAGAAGAGCAUACGGCACUAUUGAGACAAUGCCUGGUGGACUCAAUCAGGGCAACUGGCUCGAGCGACGCCAGAGGACAAUUGAAUUUAAGGAAGAGGAGCCUACGGCCCUCAUUGUUGGAGCUGGCCAGGCAGGCCUCAACAUGGGCGCUCGGCUCAAUUCUCUCGGGAUAUCGCAUCUCAUCGUCGACCGGAAUGAACGUAUCGGAGAUAAUUGGCGGAAGCGCUAUAGGACCCUCGUAACCCAUGACCCUGCAGAAUUCACCCAUAUGGCAUACCUUCCCUUCCCGAAGAACUGGCCGCAGUUUACCCCCAAAGACAAACUAGGCGACUGGUUUGAGGCUUAUGCUAUGAUCAUGGAACUAAAUGUUUGGGUUCACACCUCCAUCAAAUCUGCCGACUACGACGAUACCAAGAAGCAGUGGACUGUGGUGGUCGUCCGCGGCGAUGGGAGCGAACGUACACUGCGCCCACGCCACCUGAUCUGGUGCACGGGGCACUCAGGAGAACCCUUGGUUCCUAGCUUCGAAAACCAGUCGCAGUUCAAGGGCACAGUAUAUCACGGCAGCCAGCACACAGAUGCAUCCCACUACGACGUAGCAGGCAAAAAGGUCGUCGUGGUCGGCACUGGAAACAGCGGCCAUGAUAUCGCGCAAAAUUAUUGCGAGAAUGGCGCGCAGGUGACUAUGCUGCAACGGCGCGGGACCUAUGUCAUUACUGUUGAAAAGGGUAUCUUCAUGAUGCAUGAAGGUCAACACGAAGAUCACGGACCUCCUACCGAAGAAGCCGACCUGCUGCAUGAAUGUCUUCCAUUCCCUGUCCAAUUUGCCUUGGGCGAGCAUUUCACCAGGCGCGUGGCGCACGCUGAGCAAGAUCUUCUCAGUGGCCUUGAAAAGGCUGGUUUCGCACUGGACUUUGGCGUCAACGGUGCUGGUCUUGGACGUACAUAUAUGACUCGCGGCGGUGGAUACUACAUCGAUGUUGGCUGCAGCCCGCUCAUCGCCUCGGGAAAAAUCAAGGUCAAGCGUAGCCCAGACGGAAUCUCUCACUUUACGGAAUCCGGACUUGUUUUGAAGGACGGGUCAGCCUUGUCCGCCGAUGUCGUGGUCCUCGCGACUGGUUACGACAAUAUGCGCACGACGGUACGGAAAGUACUAGGUGACCGUGUUGCGGACCGAUGUCGAGAUGUCUGGGAUCUAGACGAGGAGGGAGAAAUCAACGCAAUGUGGCGCCCUAGCGGACACCCCGGCUUCUGGUACAUGGGCGGAAAUCUUGCCUUGUGUCGGAUCUAUUCUAAGUUCCUGGCUCUGCAGAUCAAGGCUAUUGAAGCUGGCUUGGCGCAGGCUAAACUCGCAGAGCCACACCAUAAGGAUUUCAAGUUCUUUUGGAAGACUGUCAACACCAUGUCUAAGAUCACAGUCGCCGGAGUGCGCCAGAACAUCGAGCAGCUGCUCAACUACUCUCAGAAUGAGAAGAAGAGGAACUUCCUCGAGACCGUCGAGCUUCAGAUCGGUCUGAAGAACUACGACCCCCAGCGUGACAAGCGUUUCUCUGGUACCAUCAAGCUGCCCACCGUUCCCCGUCCCAACAUGACCAUCUGUGUUCUUGGUGACCAGCACGAUCUCGACCGUGCCAAGCACCACGGCAUUGACGCCAUGUCCGCCGACGACCUGAAGAAGCUGAACAAGAACAAGAAGCUCAUCAAGAAGCUUGCUCGCAAGUACGAUGCUUUCCUUGCUUCCGACACCCUCAUCAAGCAGAUUCCCCGUCUCUUGGGUCCUGGUCUUUCCAAGGCCGGUAAAUUCCCUACCCCCGUCUCUCACGCCGAGGAUAUGGCCAACAAGGUCAACGAGGUCAAGUCUACCAUCAAGUUCCAGCUUAAGAAGGUUCUCUGCCUCGGUGUUGCCGUCGGCAACGUUGGUAUGACUGAGGACGAGCUCGUCGCUAACACCAUGCUCGCCAUCAACUACCUUGUCUCCCUGCUUAAGAAGGGUUGGCAGAACGUUGGUAGCCUUGUCCUCAAGGCUACCAUGUCUCCCCCUAAGCGUCUGUACUAAGCGGGUCGCUUUUUCUCUUUUCUCUUUAUAAAUAAAUAAAAAGGAAAAAGUUUAUGUGUCACGCUGGGGGUACGACGCCCCUUUUUUUAGGGACUGGGAUUCUGGGGUUGUGUUUCGUAUCAUAGUUUAGCUACUUAUGGUGUGGGUUAUAAAUGUGAUCCUGG